AUGUCGUGGCGAGAGCGAAAUGGCGCCACUUUGACACCGACCAAAGUGUCCAGCUGGACCUCAAAAUCAGACCACUUUGACAUCGCAACCGGCCCCGCCCAGAGGUCUCGCAGGCGCAGCCCGCAGUUUAGACUGUCACUGACUGGACAAAGUCUCGACUUCUGCGCUUUUUUUCCGGGGCCACCGCCCGGCGCUCUGCAGAAUGCCCAUGCCAUUCAGGCCGUCCGCAGGUCACACACCACUACCUCAAUCAACGGAAUCUCCGAGUCAAACCAAAUACCGGUUGUUGCCUGCCUGUCGCACAAAUCGAAAAUAGUUUCAGGCCGCAACGAUCAACCCGCACCGCUCCCUUUAACUCUAUCGCCUUUUUUUUUCGUGCGGUUGCACAAUUUUCUGGCAACCAGUAUCGACAGCGCCAACACACCACGCGCCGCUGCCUACCCUCAUCCCAGCGAAGAGCAAAUCCUCAGACAUACACCCUCCCCAAAUGGCGAAGUAUCGGCCUCUCUCUCCCGCAUGCAACUACCGAGAGCGUCAACACCCCAGUGCCAGGUUUGUGUCGUCGGAGCUGGCCCAGCGGGUUUGAUGCUCGCAUGCAACCUCGCCAGAUUUGGUAUCGAUGUACAAGUGAUCGAUGACAGAGACGGGAAAACAACAGUCGGCCGUGCCGAUGGACUACAACCAAAAACGAUAGAGACAUUCCGCCAGAUGCGCCUAGCUGACCCUCUAUUGCAACGUGGUGUCAAGGUAUUUGACAUUUCAUUCUGGCGCAGUACCUCGACUGAACAACUCCACCGAUUGGGUCGCGAAGUCCACUAUCCUCCGGUAAUCGACGUUCUCGACCCAUGCAUCCUGCUCGCUCAUCAAGGGAUGGUUGAGGACUUGUUCAUGGACGAUAUGCGUUUGCGCGGCAAGGAGGUUAUUCGUAAUGUUUCGUUCGAAUCAUACGAUCAGCUUCCGACCAACAUCGGUCAAUCGUCCCUUCAAGUUAACUAUAAGGGCGCUGAUAGCGACGAUAUUCAACCGAUUCUAGCAGAAUUUCUUGUUGGAUGUAAGCUGUUGCCCUGCAAACUGAGAGUCGAAGCCGUUGGUGUCUCACAGCCUGCCAUCUGGGGUGUCCUCGAUGGUGAGCUAAUUACAGACUUUCCCGACAUUUGGUCCAAGACUCUUGUUUAUUCGGAAGAGCAUGGGUCGAUUUUGAUCGUGCCGCGCGAACGCAACAUGACCCGCCUCUACAUUGAGCUCAAAUCAUGCCAAACGCCAACUGCUCUCGCCGAUCUUGCUCGAGGCGACGACCUCGGCCAAUCGUUCGUCAUGGAGCAGGCCCGAAAAAUAAUGGCACCUUUUAAUAUUGACUGGAGUUGUAUUGAAUGGUUCGGGCGCUAUCAAGUUGGGCAGCGGUUAGCAAGUCAUUUCAGCGACGAGACAGCCUCUGUCUUCCUUGCAGGCGACGCCAGCCACACGCAUUCGCCCAAAUCGGCACAGGGCAUGAAUACAGCAAUGCAUGAUUCAUGGAAUCUUGCAUGGAAGCUCAACCUUGCGGUUCGAGGUUUUGCACGCCCAGAGCUCAUGUGUAGCUACGAAGAAGAACGCCGCAAGGUUGCUCUCGACCUGGUCAACUUUGACUAUGAACACGCCAACCAGAUUGCCAACGGUGAUGCUGUUGCGCUAGCCAAGAACUUCUUGUUUAAUGUCCGCUUCAUCUCGGGCAUUGGUGCUGAAUAUGGCCCUAGCAUCCUCACACAGCCAUCUAUCAUCCAUGAUGAGGCAUCGUUCCCUUGCCCCGAAGCGGCGCGUCCUGGAAGCAUUCUCCCACCUGCCAAGGUCACUCGUUAUAUUGACGCCAACCCCGUAGACAUCCAGCUCGACAUUCCCAUGAUGGGCCAGUUUCGCAUAUAUCUCUUCGCAUGGGAUGUUUUCCAAUCUGCCACGUUUCUCGAAUCAUUCUGCAACUCCAUUUCCUCGCGCACCUCGUUUGUAAAUGCAUUAUCUGCGGCGGCGACGGCCUCGUACGCGCGACAACCCAGAACUACAGUCCCUGAAGAUGUAUAUACCCGGCCAGAGCGCUAUGUCAAAGCCAGCGAGCUAUUCACGUUUGCUCUCAUUACGAGUAUGCGCAAGUCGGAAUUUGAGAUUUCGGACCUGCCGCUGCUGUUGCAAGAAAACCGCUGGACUCUGUACCUGGAUAAUGUCCCUGAGCAAGAUACCCGCGGCAUGCGUUGUACCGAGAAGUGGCUCGGACGACUGGCACCGGGCGAGGUGGCCAUCAUCACCGUCCGACCAGACGGCUACGUCGGCUCCGUCCGGCGCUGGGAUGCCGGUCUCGACGAGUCUGGCGCCAACGCGGCCAAGUGGCUCGACCAAUACUACGGCGGGUUCCUCAAGCUGCCCAACGAGCCCUCGACGUAA